CAAAAGCAUACUCUCAGAAAAUAGUCAAAGAUAUUUGUCUUAUAAUCACAGAAAAGUAGUUUUCCUUAAUACUCCGAAGAUCUGACACGAGCUUCGUUUCCUGAUAGAUAAACAUGGCGCUGAAAGUAUAUGGUAAUCGAAUGUCCGAACCAACUCGUGCAGUUCUCAUCUUCUGCAAAAUAAACGGGAUAGAUUUUGAGGAAAUACAGGUAGAUGUCUUGAAAGGCCACCAAUUCUCCCCUGAAUAUAAAGCAAUAAAUCCCAUGCGCCAAAUUCCUGCAAUAGUUGAUGGAAAAUUGAAGCUGUUUGAAAGUCAUGCGAUUCUUAUCUACUUAGCUUGUGCGUUUCCAGGAGUAGCUAGUCACUGGUAUCCUGGUGAUCCAGCCGAAAGAGCUAAGGUCCACUCCGUUUUAGAUUGGCAUCAUUCAUAUCUUCGACGUGGUGCAGCUGGACUUGUAUUCAACAGUAUCCUGGCACCACUAAAUGGCAUGCGUUCAUACCCUCAGAUAAUCACUCAAGCUGAGGAGAUUCUGUUGAGAUCUUUGUCUAAAUUAGAAAAUUUUUGGUUAAAAGAUGGAAGCUUUUUGGGUGGAAGCACUCAACCUUCGAUCGCAGAUCUCAGUUUAGCAUGUGAAGUCAUGCAACUUGAGCUUUUGAGUGAGGAGGAUUACCAUCGGAUAUUAAGCCCUUACAAGAAAGUGAAAAAGUGGAUUGAAGACACAAGGAGUGCAACUGCACCUUAUUUUGAUGAAGUUCAUGAGCAUCUCUUUGAAUCCCAAAAAGGAUUUCGGGAGAAAAUGGUGACACAUUCUGGAAAAAACAAUGCAAGGUCAAAGAUGUGAGAUGACACAUAAUAAGGGUUUUUCAGAUAACUUGAUUUGUCUAUCUGAAUGAAUUUUCAAAUAUGGGUUCGGAUAUCAAAAUUCCCAUCAAUGUAAUUUUAUAAACAUCAAGUAUGAAUAAGUUAUAAAACCAAUAAAUGAUUUACGUAUAAUAAAAAAUUAAAAACCCAUGAC